CUCUGCCCCCCCGGACGGCCCCGGUUAUUUAUUGCGCUGCCCAGCCCGGGCCGGCCCAGGGCUCGGUGUCCCCUUUCAGCGCCGGCCGCGUGUCCUUGAAGCAGCAGCGGUGGCUCCCGGGGCUCUCGGACGCUCGCCCCAGCCGGAGCCUCGGGGCACGGGCAGCAGCAGGGACCGGGAACCUCUCCUGUGGGCACCUGCUGGUCCAAGGCGGGCUGCCCCUCCCCGGGCACCGCUCUGCUCCGGGAACAACUGGGACAGCUCUGCCCGAUGCCCUCAGAACAUGUCUGAUUGGACAAGUCUGUGGUAUGUCUGGCUGAUCUUGCUGCUGGUGUUCCUGCUCCUGCUCUGCGGGGUCUCAGCGAGCUGUGUCAGGUUCUGCUGCAGGAAGAAAAGAAUCCCAGUGGAGCCCUUCCCUCGGCACCCCUGCGACCUGGCCGUGAUCGGCAUUGACAGUGACAGCACUGCCCACAGCACAGUGACCUCAUACAGCUCAUGGCAGUACCCCCCAAGUGUCCAGAUUCCCUUGGUGUUUGUGGAUAUGGAUAAGAACACUGUGUCCCCUCCAGCUUACAGCCUCUAUGCCAUGGACCUGCCACCUUCCUAUGAUGAAGCUGUUCAAAUGGGAAAGCAAGUGGCAAGGACAAACCAGAAACUUGAUGACAUCCCUGAACAGGUGACACCACGUGGGCUGAACCCCAGCCAGUCCCCACCUGACACAAUCAGCAGAGAUCCAGCAACACAGGCAAAUUCAGAAGAUUCAGAAGAUGCCAUGAAAGAACAGCCACAGGUCUGACUCAGUUCAGAUGGGGAGCAAAGUAAGGAAGGACUGUAAGAGUUAAAGAAGACAUGAAGAGUUUGGGUUUCUAAGUAGGUUAUGAUGGAAAGAUAUUUCUUCUCAUGCCCUUGUAAUGAUCUGUCAGAAGAAAUGUUUUCUGUGACUGCUCUAAUCCCCUGGUAAAGCUUCUUCAAGGAUAUGAAAUGAGGUAAAAGGGCAGCAGUUUAAAAAUGCCUGUAAAAGUGGGACAUGAAUGAGUGUUCAUCCUCUGAUAAAAAAUUGUUCCUUGUGUCCAGCAAUAAAAAAGGUUAGGAGA